GCCUCCCCUACCGCCGCCGCCGCCACCCCCUCCUCCUCCGGCCGCCACCGCGCCCCUCCGGCCCCCAGCCGCGGCGGCGCGCCAUGGAUGCAGAAGUGGGCCCCCGCCGACCCCUCCGCGCCCGCGCCCGCCCCCUCCCCGGGCCACGCGCCCUCCACCUCCAUCGACCGCAUCGUCCACCGCCUCCGCAACCUCGGCCUCGGCACCGACGACGACGAGCCCUCCUCCUCCCCCGCCGACGCCCCGCUCGACGGCGGGGAGCGCCUCGGCGACCUGCUCGACCGCAGUUGGGCGCGCCCCGACCGCCAGUUCGCCGCCUCCGGCCUUGAUGAGGCAGUCCUCCCGUGGGAGAGGGACCGGGAGAGCGACGGCGAGGAGGCGGACGGGGUCAAGAGGAAGCGGGUCAGGGCGCCCUCGCUGGCGGAGCUCACCAUGGACGACGUGGAGCUGCGCCGCCUGCGGGGCAUGGGCAUGACUCUCAAGGACCGCAUCACCGUGCCCAAGGCCGGGGUCACGCAGGCCAUCACGGAGAAGAUCCACGACGCCUGCAGGAAGUCCGAGCUGGUCCGCCUCAAGUUCCACGAGGACCUCGCCAACGACAUGAAGACUGCCCAUGAGCUUGUCGAGUUCCUUUCAGUCAGCUAAACGUCAAUAUGUUGGAUGAUGUUGUGGAGAGGGCCACCGAGAGGGGGUUUGCAUUGCCAAAGUCGAAGGUGGCCAUUGCCUUGACCUGCCUGGACCUCUUGACCUUUAACAACGAUCAAACAGGAAACACAUGUUGGAGGAGGAGACCAUAAGCUAAUUGAUGAUUUGGACGAGUGGAUCAGAGGACGACAUGAGCAGGUAUUUCCAUUUGAUCAUACCCAAAAUGAUAAUGUAUACACUAACUUAAGAUGAUGGCUCUUCUACUCUGCUAACAUAACAUGCAUGUGCUUGUGUGGAGUGCCUCCAAAAUUAAUAGCUCAAGUCUCUCAACACGCGGAUGGAUGAUGUUGUGGAGAGGGCCAUCGAGAGGGGGUUUGCAUUGCCAAAGUUGAAGGUGGCCAUCGCCUUGACCUGCCUGGACCUCCUGACCUUUCACAACGCUCAAACAGGAAACACAUGUUGGAGGAGGAGACCACAAGCUAAUUGAUGAUUUGGAUGAGUGGAUCAGAGGACGACAUGAGCAGGACCAUAGCGGACCAUUGCAAUGCGGCAAAUCAAAUUUCAAUACUCAACACUCUUCUAUGUGGAUUAACGAAGGGCAUGAUGGAUGGCACCAGCGGAAAGGUGAGCGCCGGUGGAGAUAAGCGAGAAAAGGAGUAGCGCGAGGCGGUAGGCAGCCUUGAAGAGGAUGAGUGGGCCCGCUACUGGGGAUGGUCCUAGGGAUUUUUGAAUCAACGAGAGCAGUGUCGGCCCAGGCUAUCUAGAAUGAUUGCAUGUAUUAAUGAAGUAGUCCACGUUAGGUGGAUUGGCUCAAAAUGGAGAAGCAUGAUUGUAUUAAGCAUUUAAGCUCUAAGCAAUUUAGAAUGUCAAUGUCUUGGGGCUCCCUUGCAAUAUUUCAGAGAACUAUAUUUUUUCAGACAU